GCGGCGGCGGGGCACGCAUUCCUCCCGCGGAGUGUGAUGGCUGCGAUGGGGCGAGCGGUGCGCGCGCGAGGCCCCGUGAUGGCGCUGGUGCUGGGCGCCGUGUUGGUGCUGGGCGCCGCGGCAGGCUCGCUGCCAGAUAUUUGCCACUUGCCCAAGGUCGUGGGCCGGUGCCGGGCUGCCUUCCCCAGGUGGUGGUACAAUGCCACCAGUCAGGCCUGUCAGCUGUUCACCUUUGGGGGCUGCAAGGGCAACUCCAAUAACUUCCUCACGGAAGUCGAAUGCUUCCAGAAGUGCACCACAGAUGGAGACGAGGAGGCAACGGAGACCCCCGGCUGGCUCUCCAUGAAGGAAUACUGUGCUGAGCCCCAGGACGUUGGCCCCUGCCGUGCCUCCUUCCCUCGCUGGUACUUUGAUAUGGAGAGCCAAACGUGCAAGAAGUUCACCUACGGCGGCUGCGGAGGCAACAAAAACAACUAUGUCUUUGAGGAGCAGUGCCUGAAGCAGUGCUCUGGAGAGAUCAUUGAAGAACCUGCGGAGUUCCACCCGCACCUCUUCUCCAACCCCCUGAUCCACUCAACCAGAGCGGUGGUGCUUGCCGUGCUCCUGGCCAUCAUGGCUGCCAUCCUGCUGGGUUCCAUGGUGGUCUUCUUCGUCAAGAUCUGCAGGAAGAACCAGCCGCUCUCGCUGGGCACCGUGUGGAGCACGCUGGACGACAAGGAGUAUCUGAUGAGCAACGCCUACACGCUCUGAGAGUGCAGCGGAGACGCUCUCCCUGGGGCGCGGCUGGGGCUCCAGCUGCCUGCCCAUGCUGGGGGUGGAGGGGCAAACCCGGCCUCGACACCUCCCUCUGUAGGACCCCCCCUUCCCUUGGAUCAUAAACCUCCCCCGGGAGGGGCUCCCUUUCUCAUCACGCUGGUGUCUGUCCAGGUUUGCUGACUGUUCUGCUUUAAGCACAGCUUUGUCCCACGCUCUGUCCGCCAGAGGCCUCUGGGAGCAGAAAGGGCAUCUCUGGCGCCCGUCCAGCACUUUGGCUGCAACGCAGGGGGGCGUUUUGUUUCUUUCUGAGGGAAGGAGCAGGGGUGGCUGUGAUGGAAGGGAGCCAAACGCAGGCGCCUUCAACCUGCGCUGAGGGCUGCUGUGGCUACCAUUGCAGCAGCGCGUUCUGCCGCUGCCACCAAGCCAUUGGCAGUGCCCCCUCCCCGGUAUCACAGCCUACAAGUAGGUGGAGGUGGAAUGCACCUCCCCAGCCUUGGGAGCAGACUUUGUGCCCCCCCCCCCCGGUGUCCAAGUAGCCACGAGGCCUUCCUUCCGCCGUUUGUGCGCGUGCCCGGCAGUCUCCCACCUGCAGCACCCCGGGGAAGGUCUGGGCAGUGGGGGGACAUUGCAGACAGGAAGGCAGGUGGAGAACAAGGUGGGAGGCUUGUGGCUUGGUUCAGCUGUGGAUCCGAACUCCAGGGCAAGAGAUGUGACGGUCUGGGGAGUGGAGGAAUGGGGAGGGGCACGUUUUCUUAAGGAUUCUCCCCCGCCCCCAAAUGGGAAAAAGGCUUUGAUUUUUUUGUUUCCCCACCAGCUGGCCACAUCUUUACUCCAGAGAUGGUUCUCCAAACUUCUCCAUCCCGGGGAGGGUGGGAAGGGUCAGAGGUUAAAGUCACUCCAUGGCCGCUUGUUUUCCCCUCAGAGCAGAGCAGGCCAUUGCACUGCAAACUGCCGUGGGGGGUGCUGUGGGGUGGGGGCAGGACAGGUCCGGCAGGUCCCUGCUUUUGUGGACUUUGGAGUCUGAUUUUAUGGCCUCCUGCUGGUGGCGACGGCAGGACGAUUCCAGCCAGAUCCUGCCCUCACUGAGUGGCCUGAGGCUCACAAGCGAAGCAAGCUGCUCCCUCGUCAGCCCCACGGCGACAGCCGAUUCCUUCCACAUGCUUCCUUGCCAGGUUGGCUGCUCUUGCCCCAAAGAGGGCCUCUAGCAGGAGGGGAGCAGCUCUUCCUCGGCACUGUUGCUUGCUGGUGCUCAGUGAUGGCCGUUCAUCUAGCUGCAGAGCGUGCCGCUUCUGGUGCCUUCAAGAGCCUUUCUCCCCCUGCCCCUCCCCCCUCCAUCUCAACUCUUCCUCCAUCAGGGCCGGCUGGUCCCCUUCUCCCGAGAUGCCUCUUUUCAGCAGAUCUAGGAUUCCCCAACCCCACCCCACACACUUUGCAAUGAGCAGAUGGGAUGGUUUCCAAUAGCCAUCUCCAUCUCACCACUGGCGCCUUGGUCUGUGGCUUUCUCCUUGGAGCCCACUGGCUCAGGAGGCCCUUUUGGCCCAGUUUAAGGCAAUCCUUGCCUGUGGGAUUCUGGUGUUUCAGUCCAUGGAACCAGCACCCUGAUGCUGCAGUGCUGGCCGGCCAGCAGGGUAACACCAAUGGCACGAGGACGACCCCCAGAGUUCAGAUCCUCUGCCCUUGGCAAAGGAGAAGGCCCACUUCUCGCAGAACUACGGGCGCCUGUCCAGAUCUCUCCUCCCAGCCGCAGGCCCCGUGCUCUCAGGCUUCUUUCCCAGGAGCCAAAGCAGUCCUCCUGAGACUGCAUCUCUUAUGGGAAAUGGAUCGUGGCCACAAUCAUUUCAACCCCGGAGCUUCUACCAUGUGGCUUCUCUGGCUCCGGUGACUGGGCUGUGUUGUCCCUCACUUCUCCUGCCUCUGAGAAUUCUCCCCAGUAGACUCCUCUGCACAUCUUUCAAGGGUUUUGUGCUGCUUGGCUACAACUGGGUCCUGCGGGCUCCAUCUGCCCAGCGUGACCCUUCUUCUUGCCUCUUAAGUGGAUGCCCACCGUCCUUCCCUGGCAGGAGCAAGAUAAUGCUUGUGUAGCAUUUUGUGGUUUUUUAAAUAUAUGUAUACUUUUUAAACAAUGGAAACUUGAUUGUGUGAAAUCUCUUUUGGAAUUAUUCUUUUAAUUGUCUU